AUCGAACCAGACCGAGCGAGAAAAUCUGAAAGAACUGGAGAGAAAAAGUACUGAAGAGAGAAGCUUUCGGACACUGUGAGCUUUUUCUUCUUCUUUUUUUCCUUUCUCUUCACGAGGAAACCGUAAUUCUUCAGAUUUCGUUUUUCUAUAGAAGUUUAGAGAGAGAGAGAGAGAGAGAGAGAGAGAGAGAGAAUGGGAGGAGCUUCACUGUCUGGCUUGCAGGAACACCUGAAAUUGGCGAGGGAAUAUGCUAUGGAAGGAGUCUACGACACCUCCGUUAUCUUUUUCGAUGGCGCCAUUGCUCAGAUCAACAAGCACCUAAAUACUCUUGAUGACCCUUUUAUUCGUGCAAAAUGGAUGAAUGUUAAAAAGGCCCUUUCCGAAGAGAUAGAAGUUGUAAAGCAACUAGAUGCAGAGAGAAAGGCAUUCAAGGAGAGUGCCACAGGCCGACGCACUUCUUCGCCACCAGUAAAUUCUAAAUCUUCAUUUGUUUUUCAACCAUUGGAUGAGUACCCAACUUCCUCACGUGGUCCAAUGGAUGAUCCUGAUGUAUGGCGGCCACCUAGUCGGGAUACUUCCAGUAGAAGACCAGCGAGGGCUGGUCAAGUGGGCACGAGGAAGUCCCCACAAGAUGGGGCAUGGGCUCGUAGUUCUGCUAGAACUAAUACAACUGGCCGAGCUACAAAGGCUGGUGGUUCAAGCAGGGUUAACUCAGGUGUUCGAGCAUCAACUACUGGAAAGAAAGGCACUGGUUCUGGCAAAUCUAGUAAAGGAGAUGCAAUGAUUGGUGAUGCUGAAGAUGGAAAGUCAAAGAGGGCACAAUAUGAGGGGCCUGAUCCUGAGUUGGCCGAAAUGCUUGAAAGGGACGUGUUGGAAAACAGUCCUGGUGUGAGAUGGGAUGACGUUGCAGGGCUGAGUGAAGCAAAAAGGCUACUAGAAGAAGCUGUUGUGCUUCCUCUAUGGAUGCCCGAGUAUUUCCAGGGAAUUAGGAGACCCUGGAAAGGAGUACUCAUGUUUGGUCCUCCCGGAACUGGGAAGACACUACUAGCUAAGGCGGUCGCUACUGAGUGUGGUACCACAUUUUUCAAUGUUUCGUCAGCUACAUUGGCUUCUAAAUGGCGUGGGGAGAGUGAGCGCAUGGUCCGGUGCUUGUUUGAUCUUGCAAGAGCUUAUGCUCCAAGUACAAUUUUCAUUGAUGAGAUCGAUUCUCUCUGCAAUGCCCGAGGGGCAUCAGGGGAGCAUGAAUCAUCCAGACGGGUUAAGUCUGAGCUUCUAGUUCAGGUGGAUGGCGUAAACAAUAGUUCCACAGGUGAAGAUGGUACCCGUAAAAUAGUGAUGGUUUUGGCAGCUACUAACUUUCCAUGGGACAUAGAUGAGGCGUUGAGGAGGCGGCUGGAAAAGCGUAUUUAUAUUCCUCUUCCAAAUUUUGAGAGCCGUAAGGAGCUUAUACGGAUCAACUUGAAAACUGUAGAGGUGGCCCCUGAUGUAGAUAUUGACGAAGUGGCUCGCCGAACAGAGGGGUACAGUGGAGAUGAUCUGACGAACGUGUGCCGGGAUGCUUCCUUGAAUGGCAUGAGGCGUAAAAUAGCUGGUAAAACACGUGACGAGAUUAAGAACAUGCCAAAGGAUGAGAUUUCAAACGAUCCUGUUGCCAUGUGCGACUUUGAAGAAGCCUUGGUGAAGGUCCAACGUAGUGUUUCUGCAACUGAUAUAGAGAAGCAUGAGAAGUGGUUUACAGAAUUUGGGUCAGCAUAAAUAAAGAAUAUAAUGCCAUAGAGAAGAUAGUACGUCGUCUUCCUAACGAGUCAGUGUGAUUAGUGUCUUCGGAUUGUCUCUCGGUAUUUCAUUUGUUUCUCCGGCAGCCGAUCGAUUGUAAUCAAGUGUUUGGAAAGUUAUACAAUUGUUGUGCUAUUUUUUGUCUGUAAUCCCUGAAAUGUAAUGUAAAUUGAACUCGA